AAAACAUAUUUUUGUUUGGGAAUAUGGACUAGUUUCGAUUUGAUUUUGUUAAAAAAAUUCGUAUUACGAUGGACCCAGAUUGUUUGCCAGAUGCUUUGGAGCUAUGCUUAGAGGGUGACUUUGACGAUCAGGUAGAACAAUUACUGCAACAGAUCCGAUUAUCUAGGCAGCAAGUUGAAGGCUUGACUCCUUUAUUUCAUGACAUAGAAGAAAUGCUGCAAUUCAUGUGGCCCGGUUGUUCAGUAAAACCAUUUGGAUCAAUAAUAACUGGGCUUGGAAUAAUAUCCAGUGAUGUCGACUGUUAUGCCCAGCUCCCAGAGGGAGAGAUACCAUCAAGCAGGACAGUCAUACAGGCACGCAACAGACUGAGACAAUUCCCACAUGUUUUCACUGAAUUAUUUGCUAUAACCACAGCAAAAGUGCCAGUACUGAAAUGUUACCACAUACCAACUGGUUACCACUGUGAUAUCAAUUUUACGAGUUUGUCCGGUAUUUAUAAUAGUAAAUUAGUUGCUUAUUUACUUCACCUGGAUCCUAGGGCUGUGAAACUAGCUGUAAUAAUUAAGUAUUGGUCCAAGAUUAAGAAAAUUACAGGUACAAACCUAAUGCCUAAUUAUGGACUAACGUUACUGGUCAUAUUUUAUCUUCAGCAAAUAUGCAUGCUACCAUCUGUUAAAGACCUACAAAGCGAUGUGGAAUGUUUAAUGACAGACUACUGGAAUACGAAUUUUAAUAACAACUACCUCCACAGGACUACUAAUAAUGAAUCUUUGUACAAGUUGCUUGGUGGAUUCUUUUCAUACUACGGAACUUUUGAUUUCGAAGAAAAUAUAAUAUGUCCAUAUUUAGGAUUUCCGAUAAGAAAAAAAAGCUUUGACUUAUUCUUAACAAAAUUUUCCUUAUAUCAACAUAAUGUUGCCGCUGAAGUAUGCAAACCAUUGCGAUUGGACACUCCCUUAUGUAUACAAGAUCCGUUUGAUCACUCCAGAAAUUGCUCUGUCAAUAUAUAUCCUAAAUUAGUGACCAGAAUAGUUGAUCUUUUCAAAUCGGCUGCAGAAACAUUUCAUAAGGAUGAAAAACCUAAUUUCCUGAGAGAAAUUUUGCAGAAAAAUACGGAAAAUAUAUAUCAGGAAGUUAAAUAUAAACAUAGAAAGACGAAGUUUUUACAUAAUAAAGUACAGAAAGUUCAAUUUAACGGCUUUCGGAAUAAUCAUAACCGCAAUAGGGGCAGAAUUGCAAAACGAGGGAAAAGAUAAUUUGGUUUUUUUUUUCUACAAAAUGAUUAAAUACGCUUGUAUUAUGAUUAAAUCGAAAAUUAAGUUCAUUGUCACCAAUGUGUGUUCGGUUUACAGUAUUUCGUAAAAUAAUCUACUGAUUUUUUAAAUAAAUUGUUUUGAAAUCAA